AUGUUGUGGAGUGUGUGGACGGCGAGUGUGUGUGUGUGUGUGUGUGUGUGUGAGGCUCAUAUUUGGGCCUGGAUGCUCAACAUGCCUCACAGCCCCCCCAAAGAGGGCCUGCUGGCACUCAGGGAGGGCGCCCCCCCUGCCAGGGCCACCACGGUGGCGUGCGACCACGACAGGGCCUGUGGGCGGGGCUUCUCCUGUGACCGCCAUUUUGGCGUGUGCGUGGCGCUGCGCGGGGAGGGUCACUACUGCCGCAGGGACGCCCAGUGCGUCCGCGGCCUCAGCUGCAUGUUCGGCAAGUGCCACCGCAGCGUUCGCAACGGGCAGGAAGGUGGGCGCUGCAAGGUGGACAAGGACUGCGGGGCGUCCAUGUGCUGCGCCCGCCACCACGGCGAGCACGUGUGCAAGCGCCGGCUGACGCGCGGCGAGAGUUGCUACGUGCCCGACGGCGGUCUGGCGUACAGCAUCAACCAGAUCUGCCCCUGCGACCAGGGACUGCUGUGUCGGGAGAAGAGCGCCCCGCGCAGGAGAGAGUGA